AUUUAUUCGGUUAAAACAAAUGCCACUUGGAUUAAAAACUAGACAACUGCUUGCUGAGCUGUUCUCAGCAAUUGCUGAAGCUGAGAUUGAUGUAGAGAAUGAGAGACUCGAGCUUGGAGAUAGAGCUACCUUCAUCCCUCUUCAGAUCUUCAAGAAAAUGGAUAAAUUCAAUUCUGGAGAAAUACAAAGCACCAAUUUAGUGGAAUACUUAGAAGGAAAUGGAUUAGCCUGCACUCAAAGAGAGGCUGAGCUUAUUAUCUCUCAGUUUGACGAGACUGGGAACCACAAACUUUCCUAUGAGGAGUUCUUACAGUUUGUCUUACCCACUACCAACGAAAGGCUCAGAGCCAUGGUCCUUGAAAGAACUAUACCUGUAGAGCAAGGCCGAGAGAGGGAGAUCUACCCAGCAAUCGAAGAGAGAAUUACUAAACUUUUCUCUAAAGAAAUUGAGUUUCAGAAGAUCACUGAAAGAAUUAAAGUUGAUCUCCAAGACAUGUAUGAUUUCUCACUCAAACAAGCUUUUGAUUUGAUUGAUAAGACUCCACUUCAAGGAUUUAUCAAUAGAAAGGAAAUCAGAAAUUUUGUUGAAGAUCAUGUGAAAUUCCUAUCUGAGGCUGAGCUCGAUGCCAUCAUUAGAAGAUGAGAUACUGAUGCAGAUCAAGUUAUAUCUUACAUCGAAUUUUCUGAACUAAUUCGAGGUAUAAGGCCAGAAUUAACACCACAAAAACCUUUUAAGAGAAAAAUUGAGCAAAGAAGUUAUACUCCAUUGGUCAAAGGAAGUUACCCUGCUGCAUCAAGCUAUCAUUCAACUCAAAAGCCAGCUUAUGAGGGCUCUAGAGUGUCCACACAUCAUAAUUCUGUGAGAGAGCCAAUACAAGCUUAUUAUAGUGAAUCGAAGCCAACACUCAAAGCUAUGCCUCGGAACAUUUCACCAAACAGAAUGGAUGCGCCUACGGAUUGCUACAGCCACUCUCUAAGAAAUUUCUCUGCUCAAAAGAGUCAUUCGAAAUUAUCUUGAAAUGUGGAUACUCAGCCUAGGGAUUACCCAACGCAUACCCCUCAUUUCUCUGUGAAAGAAGAGAUCAAGGAGUUUUCUCCCACAAGGUAUUCUUCAGAGAGGUUUAAACCUGUGAAGGCUUCACCAUCAAGAGUGAUUAGAACCAGAACCUACAACAAUCAUGGUCAUGUGGAGAGCCACACCACAGUGGACAGGGUGAGGACAUCUCCAAUGAAGGGCUGAGAGGAGGAAGAAUUUGUAUUUACCCUUCAAGAGCUGAUCAAGCAGGAGGACCAACUUGAAAAAUCUAAACAAGCACUUGCACAUAGAAGGGAUUUCACCCUCAAUGAUGCAUUUAAAAUAUUCGAUUUAGAAUUUAUUGGCAAAGUCUCGACUCCUGACAUUAAAGAGGUGUUUGAUAAAUAUGGGAUCUUCAUCUCCAUUGAAGAUGCUAAACUGAUAAUGUCAAGGUUUGAUAGGAACAGAGACGAAUUACUCACAUUUGAAGAGUUUAUUGACUUAUUCCUCCCUAUUGAUUCUGUCUUCUCAAAAUCUUUAGACUCAAGAAGUAGAAAGCACCCAACUGGUUAUUACAAAUUCCCUGAGAUAGAGGAUCCUAUCACUAGAAGUAACUUUGCUCAAGUCCUUAGGCUUACGAUGGAUGUUGAAAGAAGAGUUGAAUCUAUUCGCCAGAGAAAUUCUUUCAGACCUUUAUUUGAUAGAGCAGAAGCGUUCCAGGCUAUAAAUAGCACAGGAAGUUUCAUCACUAGGGAGGAUUUCUCCCACCUUUUGUCCAAACACAGGUUCUAUGCUACUGAGAAGCAACUGGAUUUCUUGAUGGAUAGAUUUGAUAAGAACAAAGACAGGAAAGUCACCUAUGGAGAAUUCAUGGAAGAAAUUACUCCUCAUUCUCCUCAUAAAUACUAA